GUGGCAUCUCCACCGUGAAACGAUGUGGCCAGCGCCGUACAUAAAUAUUACGCAAUACAGCGGUUUUCACAAGAAUUUCCACGAAAUUUUUAUGUUGUACGCAUUCGCACAGUCGAUCUGAAUUAUCAGAUGUGAUUUAAUACAACGUAAGUGCUAACGAACAGUGCGUGCGCGCGUGUGACGCGUGACGAAAAACUCUACAGAGUUUGAGGAGAAUAGAGAAAGAAAGAAAGAGAAAAAAAGCAGAACUAUAGGAAGACGCGAAGGGGGUCUCGCUACAGUUUCUUUGAUAUUGUUUGUGGUGUAGAAUAAUGAGAAUAACCGUGUUUGCGGAUUGAUCUGGUAGAAAGAAUCGUGUAACUUUUUCGUUCACGACGGUAGUUGACCGUCUCGCUCGCCGAGAAAUGUCAAAAUGGCGUCUUCCCAGGACGCUUGGUACCUAUCGUUGUUGGGCCUAGCUGAAAACUUUCGCACCUCAAGUCCGCCGAACAUCAAGUCCUGUAUCCAGUGUUUACAAGCUGUAUUUAACUUCAAGCCGCCGCCCCGGGUCGAGGCUCGUACACAUCUUCAGCUUGGCAACAUACUCCUCACCCAUACGAAGAACAUCGACCUGGCGCGUUCCCAUCUCGAGCAGGCGUGGAGGCUCAGUCAAAAUAUAAAUACAUUUGAUGAUGUUAAAUUUGAGGCUGCCAGUGUUGUUGCUGAAUUGUAUGAACAGCAACAGCAGCCCAAUCUUAGUAAGCCCAUAUUGAGGAAAGCUAUUGAAUUGUCGCAACAUAAUGUCUACUGGCACUGUAGACUUAUAUUUCAAUUGGCUCAAAUCCAUGCAUCCGAAAAAGAUUUUGUUGUUGCAAGUAGUCUUCUUGGAGUUGGCGUGGAUUAUUCUCAUAUAAGCAAUGCCAGUUAUACGAGGGUCUUGUUUCUAUUAAGCAGAGGGAUGCUUCUGUUGAUUGAUAAAAAAUUUACAGAAGUACAUCCACUUCUUAAUCAGGCAGGACAUCUCGUAGAAAAUUGGCAGGGUAGUACACAUCAAAAGGAAUACCUGAAAGUUUAUUUUUUGGUUCUUCAAGUUUGUCACUUCCUCAUGGCAGGCCAGGUCAAAAGUGUCAAACCUUGUUUAAAACAAUUGCAACAAAGUAUACAGACAAUAAUGUCGCCUAGUUGGCCCUCCGAUGAAAUUGUUACUGGUUCGAACAUAGGUGACAUGUUUGUAUGGAUGCCAAAGGAACACUUAUACGUUUUGGUUUACCUCGUAACGGUGAUGCAUUCAACGCAAGCGGGAUAUAUGGCUGAAGCACAAAAAUAUACGGACAAGGCUCUCACGCAAAUUGAAAAACUUAAAAAAGUUUUUCCUGAUUUCGCAGUUGUAGACAACAAGCCAAUACUAUCAGUUUUUCAACUGAUGCUAUUGGAACACAUAGUAAUGUGUAGACUGGUUAUGGGAAACAAAAGUUUAGCCCUUGCUGAAAUCUCUCAGGCGUGCCAGCUAUGUAGGCGGCAGCCUCGGCUUCUUCAGGCGCACAGACCACAACUUCAUGCGUUGUUAGGGCUGUAUGCAAUGUCCAUGAACUGUAUGGAGGCCGCCGAAGCUCAAUUCCAGGCUGCACUCGGGACAUCUCAAGAAAGGGAACUGUGGACGUUCGCCAAUCUAAACCUGGCUAUAGUAUAUCUGAGAACAAAGAGGGAUGCCGAUUUGGGAGCACUCCUUGAAAGGAUAAAUCCAGAGUCUUUACCGUCACAUUCGCACUCCUUACGUGCAGCUGCGUACUACGUCCAAGGUCUUCAAGCAUUUUUCGGUGCCAGAUAUAAUGAAGCCAAGAGGUAUCUUAGAGAAACAUUAAAGAUGGCCAAUUCCGAGGACCUCAACAGACUAACUUCCUGCAGUCUUGUACUCCUUGGUCACAUAUUCCUCUCUGUGGGAAACAGUCGAGAAUCCAUGAAUAUGGUGACACCAGCAAUGCAGCUAGCUUCCAAGAUACCUGACGUUCACGUGCAACUUUGGGCAAGCGCUAUUUUGAAAGACUUGUAUAGGUUAUGUGGUGAUCCGAAUCGCGAAAGUGAGGCAUAUCAGAUGCACUGCAAUUUCUCGCAGAUGCUCCUGAAAGAUCACUUCCAAAGUACGCAGAUGAGUGAACACUCUCUUAUUCAAUGGACUGACGGCCCGGUACCCGCAUUGCCGAGCAAUCCGCCACCAUCCACCUCGCAGGCGAUCCUCUAACAGGGCUCCACGAAUCUUAAGGAUAUUUGCGAAUUUACUUAACGGUCGCAUCAGGCCCAAACUCUUAUCGGGAAUUCUUGAGAAUUCUGAACAGAAAUUAAGAUAAAGAGUUAAGGCUCUCAGGAAGGUCUCCAAUAAGUGUUAGAUUAUCUUUGCGACUUGAAAAAGUAGAAGGGGUAUGGGUGAGUGAAGAUGAUACAGGGCUCGGGAGCAUUAACGCUCAACGACUCUGCUUAGUCGUUGCGGGAUGCGCAAAAGCGCAGCACGUUGGCGUGUCGCAACCAGCGAGAAAAAUUGAACUGUACGAAAAGUUGCGUGUAGUUUUAUAUUCUGGUUUCUCGUUGCAUUCUUGUUUCUACGAAUCGUUUUUUAUUCCCGCAUUUCUCACAUCCGGACGCAAUGUUUCAACAAACAUUUUUUAUACCAUUAUUUUGUGCCUCCUUUUAUUCUGAAAAAAAUGUAUUUACUAUUGUUUCAAAAACAUCAUUGCAUGCAGAAUAUAUAUAAAAUAUACGGAGUAUCCACGUUUCUUAUGUUCGCUCUCAUUUAUGUGCAACUUUCAUAACAUCGUUUACGAUUUUUGUAGAUUUUCAUUUUACGUUUAUUUUCUUUUUCAUUCUUUGGACAAUGAAAGAGCGUUUAUUCCGAAUUAAUAUGCACGCAAGAAAGCUUCUACAGACUCUAUUAAUGCGAACAGUAUAAUCGUAUAUCGGAAUUGGUAAUUAAGAGGAGAAUCGGUGGCAAUACUUAAUUCCUCGCAGGCUAAUAAUUUAUUGUUUUAAUGAUUUUGCAGUCAUCAACAUAUUGUUUUAAAUAAUUCAAGAAUCAUUAAAAUAACUGGCAUUUGUUAUUUACACUGACGGAUAUGAAUUGAACAAAUGAAAAGUUGAAUUCCGCCGUACAGAAAUACUUGGACGCGGAUAUUGUCACAGUUAUAUGGUCAUGCGGAUCCUUUUAAUUAUAAGUACAAUGUGAUUGUAAUAUAACAACGAGAUCAAGAGAUCAACCGGAAGAUUUUCAUUCUCGUCGCGAGUAAUUUAUCAGUCUUCGAGGAAUGUAGGGAUAAUGUGAUCAUGGUGUGUGUUAUCAAAUGAAUGAAAAAUCGUACAAAUUAUCUCAAAACAAAAAAUUAGAAAUUAUACAAAUGAGAAAGGAAAAUGAAAAGGACAGAACCGAAGGAGAUAUCGAGAUAAGGCCCGAAGGAGCUAAGGAGGGUUAGUUGGCCAACAAAGUGUGCAAAGUCAUCGAGAUUUUCCAGAUCUACAAAUAUGACAUACAAGCACGCGAUGUAGGCGAUAGUAGGUCACACUUGUACAGGACAUUUCACACGUGAUGCACGUGCGAAUAGUUUUCGAGAGUAUUUUUCAUAUCUGUAUGCGUGUGUAUCAUUGCGCGGAUGAUCUCAAUGCAAUCCAACUGCCCGAUUAAUUAAUGUUUCUUUAUGCUACUGAAUUUUCAUUCAAGACAAAAUAUAUCCCGUAAAAGUGAGAAUGGUACGCGUGAAAAGUCCAGUAUAAACGUUACCCGAUUUCGAAGUGUUAAAGACUAUCUGGCGGACACUUUGAAAUCAAAAAACCUAUAUCUUUGUAGGUGUAGGCGCGCCGUUAACAUGAUUAUAUAAUAUUGAAGAUGAAUUAACAUGACAUAUGUAUAUAUAUAAAACAUAUAUAUAUAUAACAUAAUAAUAUAUAUAUGUAUCAUAUUGAAUAUAAUGAUAGCAUUGCAGCAGGGGCCUUAGCGCGCUCGGUCACUCGAACAAUGGGAAAAUGAAUGUGCUUGUUUUUUCUGGCCCGUAGCUCGAGUCACCUUGUCACGUCAAUAACUUGUAUAUAUUAAUAAUUUCCAUUAUUAUAUUGAUAAUUGCAUAGAAUGAUAGGCGAAACGAAAAAUGGAACAAACCGCCGUUUGCGAUACGAUCAUUCUGAAGAAUCGUUAGUUAUUAUUAUUAUUGUUGUUGUUAUAUAGUCGGUGCACGAGUAAAACAGCUUGAAGUAACAAAUGAGAACACGUGUUUCGUGCUAGUGACUCCUGUAGCAAAAUUUCUCAAUGACCAUUGCUCUUGUGGAAGGUAAUGGAAUGGUUUUUCAUUGAUGUGCCGCACAUUUCCUUUGGCAAAAAUGCAUUGGCAACGGACUUCGCAUUUUUCUAUCUGUCAUUCUAAGCUAUUUUGCUUGUGGACUGACUACAUACACCGCCAUUCUGUGUGUGGGCUAGGGGUGAGUGGAUCAUAUUGGAUGAAUGAUAGGCAGACAACAUGAGAAAGAGAGAUGACGAUAAUGAGAGUAAAGGAAAUUCAUACUGAUUUGCCAAUAGGGAGUAAGAUUAAAUUAAAAAAAAAGAUUAAACGUGAAUUCUUGUAUAAAGACUUUUGUGCUUUGAGUAAAAAAUCGUGCGUGUAUGUGUGGACGUGAUGAAUGAAUAUGUAAAAUGUGAAUGGGAGUGGUCGGAGGAAACAAUACAAAAUUUGUCAAAUUACAGAGAAAGUAUGAUUGAGUAAGAUACUUUAACCUGAGCCAAAUGUAAAUUUUUUAUUUCUUUCCUUUUUUAGUACUUUUAUAAAAUAUGACGUUGAUAGGCAUGUGAUGUCAUGCAUAUUAUAGUUUGAAGUUGUACGAAAUACGUACUAGGAAAAAUGGGUUUUUGUUUCUGUUUUCUUAUCUCGGUCCAUCUAUGAUACUCAGUACUGCUGUUUUCACUAUGUAGGAUUAUAUAGAAGAAACUUCACGGCUUUAAUGUAUUAGAAGAAAAAAAAAUGGAAAACGGCUUAAUUUUUUUUUCUAAACUUUCCUUUUGGGCGCAUCGUGUGCGCGUAUAUGAGUAUUACUGUAUAUAUAUUGUGUUGGUAAGCAAGUGUGAUAUGCGUAUUGUCUUCAGAGGAUGCCUAAGGAAAUAAAAUGAAACGGUUUAGAGGUAUGCACGAGAUUACCAGGA